AUGGGUAGCUUAGCCACGACUACAACCAGGAUCGAAGAGCUUUCUACGCUCAUUGCUUCCAAAACUCAGGUCCUGAAUGAGUACUUUCAGUUUCAUGGCUUUCCCACUCCAUCGUUCGACGUAGACGGACCUCUACGAGUGGUCAUCCCUCCACAAUUGACUGCUAUCGCAAAAGCCCAUCUGAUACCAGUGACACUUCAAACGCAAGUCCUCGCGCUGAUCUAUUUUGGGCGCUCUCAGCCAUACGACAUAGUCAGUCUCCAAGCCAUAUACCGAUAUAAGAUCGCGACUAGCUUUCCUGUGGGAGGAGAAGCUUCGUAUGAGGACAUUGCGAAGACGUGUGGUGUCGAUGUCGUCCAUUUGCGGCGUCUCAUGCGCCAUGCCAUGACGAACCAUAUCUUCAGUGAGCCUCGGAAAGGGUUUGUCGCUCACACUGCCGCUUCUCGUGCUCUUGCGCAAGAUAAAGGCUUGAGUGAAUAUGUUGGUAUGCAUUGUGAAGAAGCGUUUCCGGCUUCAGCAAGGGUGUUGGAUGCAUUGGAUAAGUUUGGGACACCUCAGGAUCCAUCUCAGACGGGGUUUUCUCUCGCCAACAACACCGACGUAGGCUUCUACGACGAGCUUCAAAAAUACCCAGAACGUGCGAAGCGAUUCCGCGAUGGCGCGAGCGCGGUCACGUCCAGAAUUCCAAUGGAACCCUUCUUAGUUGGCUACGAUUGGGCCUCGCUAGGCAAUGCCACCGUCGUCGAUGUUGGGGGUAGUUAUGGAAGCGUAUCCAUAGGCCUAGCCAAACGCUUUCCCAAUCUCUCCUUAAUCGUUCAGGACUUUCCAGCCACUGUCGAAGAGGGUGCGAAGCAGCUUCCCGAAUCCUUGAAAGACCGAGUCAAGUUCUCGCCUUACAGUAUCCUGGAAGAGCAACCGAUUAAGGAUGCAGACUUGUAUCUCUUCCGAGCGGUCUUCCACAAUUGGCCCGACGCCUAUGUGGUCAAGAUCUUGAAGAAUCAGGUGCCAGCGCUCAAGAAAGGGGCUCGAAUCCUUAUCAGUGAUCACUAUGCGCCUGAGCCAGGUGUCAUGCCGCCAAUGGUUGAUAGGCAACUUCGAAAUCGCGACCUGGACAUGCUUGCGAACUUUGGUGCACGCGAGCUGGGAAAUGAAGAGUGGCCUGUCAUCAUGAAGCAGGCGGAUCCAGGUCUAAGGAUCGUAAGCACCAAAAUGUCACCACCGGGGUCUACCAAUGGGAUUAUGGAGGUAAUCUGGGAAGGUUAA